GACUACAACCACACAACAUCUUCUAUCUCACAAUUUGUCUCUCAUAUCCCCAUAAUUUACACGUUCUUUUUAUUGAUAUACAUCAAUCAAAUUAAUUAGCGUCACCUCCACCCACUACGAACACCAGCAGGACUAACACUAGAAAUAAAAUUCCCAUCUUUUUACCUCUCUCAUCCUCUCCUUACCCAAAAAAGAAAAAAAGAAAACGAUGAACUGCUUGCAGAGUUGGCCAGAACCUGUGGUUCGAGUCCAAUCUUUAGCCGCAAGUGGUAUCCAGGCAAUCCCAGAGCGUUAUGUUAAGCCACCUUCUCACAGACCGUUAUCAAACAGUGAUUUCUUACUACCUCAGGAGGUCAACAUUCCUCUUAUUGAUUUCCAAAACGUUUUCUCUAACGACCAACGCCUCCGCGAAGAGGCCCUCCGUUGUAUCUACAGAGCCUGUAGUGAAUGGGGCUUCUUUCAAGUAGUGAACCAUGGUGUGAGCCACGAACUGAUGAAGGGGGUUCGUGAGAUUUGGCGCGAGUUCUUUAACCUGCCAGUAGAAGUGAAGCAAGAGUAUGCUAACAGUCCUGCUACAUAUGAGGGGUAUGGUAGCCGGUUGGGCGUGGAGAAAGGAGCAAGUCUUGAUUGGAGUGAUUAUUUCUUCCUUCAUUACAUGCCUGUUUCUCUCAGAAACCAAAACAAGUGGCCUGCAACCCCAGCUGCUUGCAGGGAAUUGGUAGCUGAGUACGGCCGCGAGGUGGUUAAACUUGGUGGAAAGCUGAUGAAGGCAUUCUCUAUGAACCUUGGCCUGGAAGAGGACUUCCUCCUUGAUGCUUUCGGCGGAGAGGAAAAUGUUGGUGCAUGUUUAAGGGUGAAUUACUAUCCAAGGUGUCCACAGCCAGACCUCACACUAGGCCUCUCGCCGCACUCCGACCCUGGUGGAAUGACCAUUCUCCUGCCUGAUGAAAACGUGGCUGGACUGCAAGUCCGCAGAAAUGACAGUUGGGUCACCGUUAAGCCAGCACCAAACGCCUUUAUUAUAAACAUAGGGGAUCAAAUCCAGGUACUGAGCAAUGGCAUCUACCAGAGCGUGGAGCACAGGGUGAUUGUAAAUUCUAAUAAAGAUAGAGUGUCUCUUGCCUUCUUCUAUAACCCCAAGAGUGACUUGCUCAUUGAACCGUCCAAGGAACUCGUCACCGUCGACCGGCCGGCCCUCUACCCACCGAUGACAUUCGAUGAAUACAGACUUUACAUUAGGACAAAGGGUCCCUGCGGCAAGAAACAAGUUGAAUCCCUAAAAUCUCCUAGACCAUGUAAUGAAUGUUGAAUUGAUGACAGUGUCCGACGACUUUGGUCCCAAUUACUUCAUUCGCAAGUUGCAGGAAACAAAAAGACCAGGGCAAUUUGAAUCACAUGGUGCUGCAUUUUACCACUUACUUUUCCUUCCAAGUUGCCUACGUCUGUUUAGGAUAAUUAAAAUCUCAAUCACAUAUAGUGGAGUUCCUUUUCUAUGCUGUACAAGAAGUUGGAAUUACGUUAUUGUCUAUUUGUCAGUAACAAUUCAAGAAACGAAAACCCAUUGUUUGAGUGA